AUGAGUUAUUCGGAUGAAGAUGAAAGCUUGCAAUAUAACAGCAGUGGGAGUAACCACAAUAAUGACGCUGCUACUGUGAUUCUCAUGGGGCGUCGUCGUAGCGGGAAAUCAUCAAUUCUUGAAGCGGUCUUCCACAAAAUGAAACCUUGGGAGUCUGUGUAUAUCGAAAGUACCGCCAAACCUGAAGUUUUGAACGUUGCCUCACUCAUAAAUAUCAACCUUAUGGAACUUCCGGGACAAAUUGAUUAUGUGGACCCGGAAUAUGAUAAUUCUCAAAUGUUUAGACAAACCGGGGCGAUUAUUUAUGUGAUUGAUGCGCAAGAUGAGUAUUAUGGGGCAGUACGGAAUUUGAUUAGAGUGGUUGAGAAAGCAUAUAUGGAAAAUCCGAACAUUAGAGUGGAGGUCUUGGUUCAUAAAAUUGAUGGGCUUUCAGAAGAAUUUAGAGAUGAUACUGUAAGAGAUAUUAAGGACCGGACCAGUGAAAUGUUAUAUGAUGGGGGUCUUGAAUCAUUCGCAGGUAUUGAUUUUUACCAAACUUCUAUCUAUGAUCAAAGUAUCUAUGAAGUAUUAUCCAAGAUCAUCUCUCGAUUAAUUCCUGAAUUACCGAGCCUUGAGCACUUAUUGGACAAUUUUGUCCAGCAUUCCGCCAUCGAAAAGGCAUUCAUUUGUGAUUUGAAAUCCAAAUUGUACUUUGUCACCGAUUCUUCGCCCCUUGAUUCCAAGAUAUAUGAAGUUUGUGCUGAACUUAUUGACUUGAGUAUUGAUUUAGAUUCGUUGCUUGGGGGAAAUCAUGAUGAUGAUUCAUCAAGUCUAGAAGGUAGUAUAACUGAAGGGGCUAUCACCGAUGGUGAGUCAACCCCAAAGCAAAAAAGAUUAAGAUGUGUCUCAAAAUUGAGUUCAGGAAUCAAGCUUUAUUUGCAUGAAGUUUUAAAAGAUCUCUGUUUAAUUGCGUUCAUUAGAGACGAUGGUAUCGGCGCAGAUGAUUCUGCCACUCUUGCGGUUCUUGAUUACAAUGCCGCAAUUUUCAGAAAAGGAUUGGAAAGAAUAUUCCAUGACAGACUAUGA